AUGUGCGACGAAGAAGUAGCAGCAUUGGUGGUUGAUAAUGGAUCCGGUAUGUGCAAAGCCGGAUUUGCUGGUGAUGAUGCACCUCGUGCUGUAUUUCCAUCAAUAGUUGGGCGACCAAGGCAUCAAGGUGUCAUGGUCGGUAUGGGUCAAAAAGAUUCAUACGUAGGUGAUGAGGCUCAAUCGAAGAGAGGUAUCCUUACCCUGAAAUAUCCAAUUGAGCACGGUAUUGUUACAAAUUGGGAUGAUAUGGAGAAGAUCUGGCAUCAUACAUUCUAUAAUGAACUUCGAGUUGCGCCCGAGGAACAUCCGGUACUUCUUACCGAAGCUCCAUUGAAUCCAAAGGCAAACAGAGAGAAGAUGACUCAAAUCAUGUUCGAGACAUUCAAUACUCCAGCUAUGUACGUUGCCAUUCAAGCUGUACUGUCCCUGUACGCUUCCGGUCGUACUACUGGUAUUGUACUUGAUUCCGGAGAUGGUGUUACUCAUACUGUACCAAUUUAUGAAGGUUACGCAUUGCCACAUGCAAUUUUGCGUCUGGAUUUGGCUGGGCGGGAUUUGACAGAUUACUUGAUGAAGAUCCUCACUGAGCGUGGUUACUCAUUCACGACCACGGCUGAACGUGAAAUUGUGCGUGACAUCAAAGAGAAACUGUGCUAUGUUGCCUUAGACUUCGAGCAGGAAAUGGCAACUGCUGCAUCGUCAUCAUCCCUUGAAAAAUCUUAUGAAUUGCCUGAUGGUCAAGUGAUUACUGUAGGCAACGAACGAUUCCGAUGCCCAGAAGCUCUAUUCCAGCCAUCCUUCCUGGGUAUGGAAUCUGCUGGUAUCCAUGAGACAACCUACAAUAGCAUUAUGAAGUGCGAUAUCGAUAUUCGAAAAGAUCUCUAUGCAAAUAAUGUUUUGUCUGGUGGUUCGACUAUGUACCCCGGUAUUGCAGAUAGGAUGCAGAAAGAAAUCACGGCUUUGGCACCAAGCACUAUGAAAAUCAAGAUUAUUGCACCACCUGAGCGCAAAUAUUCCGUAUGGAUUGGUGGUUCCAUCUUGGCUUCUCUAUCCACCUUCCAACAGAUGUGGAUCUCGAAGCAAGAAUACGACGAAUCUGGUCCAUCAAUUGUACAUCGUAAAUGCUUCUAA